GAAGUGCGUCUCUCCAUCCUCAGCCUCAGCUCCAUGGGGACACACUGAGCCGCACUUCACAGGCUGCGGAUCACCGUCCACUGCUGCUUGUUUUCAUGACUUUCACACACUUUUCUCUGCACUGGAAUAUAAAGCAUCAGAGGUUGAUGGAUUACUAUACAGCGGCGUAAGAUUAUUAUUAAUGCGCUGGAGUUUUUUUUUUUUUGUUUGUUUUGCUUGUUUGUCUUAAUUGGAUGUUCAUGAGGACUCUGCCCAUGUGUUCUGUCGGAUGAUGGCCCCGGCAGUCUCCGUCAUUCUACUGUUUGGGAUUAUACUGGAAACCAGUUGUGUUGCUGCCAUUGAAUUGCGGUUUAUGCCCGAUCCACCAACGCUGAACACUUAUGGUGUCCACAGGAUGAACAAAUCUGACAACCUGGAACUAACAUGCAGAGGUCGGCAGUACCUGCAGUGGACAACCCCCGUUACAAGCACUCGCUUCUCCAUCAGCGACUGCAGUGGAUCAGGACUCUUCUGCACAACACUGCAGAUCUCCAAUGCAACUGUCAAUGAAACUGGACAGUACCAGUGCUCCUACAGAGACCAGAAAGUGGAAGAUGGCAAGACUGCAGCAGCAGCUUAUGUGUUUGUCCACGACUACAAGGUGCCAUUUGUGCCGUCUGAAAAAGAAUAUGAGGUGGUGUUCAUCCGUCAAGGAGAGUGGGUGGUGAUACCAUGCCGAGGCUCAGUGGAGAAUCUCAACGUAACGCUGCACACUAAGUUUCCAAAUAAGGAGCUUCAUCCUGAUGGGAAGGAUUCUCUGUGGGACGCCAGGACGGGCUUCACUGUUCCCAGUUACCUGAUAAGCUACGCCGGGGUUGUAUCCUGCCAGACUCGUAUUGGAAAUGAGACAUUCAAGUCCCCUCUAUACAUUGUUGCUGUUGUCGGAUACAAGAUCCAUGAGCUCACCCUCAACCCCACACAUGUCAGGCUGUGUGUGGGGGAGCGGCUCGUGCUCAGCUGCACUGCCACCACAGAACUCAAUGUGGGAAUCGAAUUCAACUGGACACACUCUGGUCAGGCCCUGACCUCAGUGAACGGUUUGAGACCAAGCCACGCAACACCCCACAAGAGGAAGCUGUGGAACUCUCUGGAACUAUCCAACACACUCAUAGUGGAGAACGUAACAGUGGAUCACACAGGAGAAUAUACCUGCACUGCAUCCAGUGGGCUGAUGGAGAAAAGCACCUCAGCAUUUCUUAAAGUGUUUGAAAAGCCUUUCAUUGAUAUGAAAGAACCUUGGACAAAAGUUUGGGAGGUAGAUGUGGGAGAUCAGUCUGCCCAGAUUCCUGUCAAGUACUCAGCCUACCCAGAGCCCAGCUUUAAGUGGUUAAAAAAUGGCCAAGCACUGAAGGAUGAUUACAGAAUAAAACAGCGAAGUGAUGCCCUCAUCAUCCGUGGAGUCACAGAAAUAGAUGCAGGGAAUUACACAAUCAUCCUGACAAAUAAGAUUACUAAAGAGGAACAGAGGCGCUCCUUCCGGCUGCUGGUCAAUGUGCCUCCUCAUAUUAUUGAGAAGGAGGUGGCGGUGGACACUGACGUUUACCUGUAUGGUAGCAGCCCCACCCUAAGGUGCACCGCUCGUGGAUUUCCUACACCUGCACAAAUUGAGUGGCAGUGGAUGUCCAAAGAAGACUGUCCAGAGGCCUUCCUGUCAGGGCUGAUAAAGUCUGAAGCACAGCUAGCUAAGUGCACAGGUUGGAGAGAUAUCAGCAAUAGCACUGGUCACCAGUCUGUUGAACGAAUUGUGAUCAACACUGAUCAUGCCCAAAAGAAAAUCAUGAGCUCUUUGAAGAUACAGAAAGCUGAGGCCCAAGCCCUCUACAGAUGCAUGGCGUACAACAAAGUAGGAAAGGAUUCACGCAUCAUCUUUUUCCACGUGACACGUGGACUUGAGGUGACUGUGUCUCCAUCCAGUGAGCCCUUAGAGGAAGAUCAUGUGGUUCUGCGGUGUAAGGCCGACAGGCUGCUCUAUGGCAACCUUGCCUGGUUCCGUGUGAGUAACAUCUCAGAGACAGAUCAGGUUGCGUCGGUGCAGCCCUGCCGCUCCCUGAUGCUGCAGCGGAGGCCCCUGUCGAAUGGAGUGCGGUCCAGUCUGCAGGGCACCAACAUUACCCUGGAGCUGCCGCUGCCACAUGCAUCGCGUCAGGAUGAAGGCCUGUAUGCCUGUCAGGUGGAAAACAUCAAGACUCAGGAGAGAACCUGCCUGAUACGCCGUCUUUCUCUCAAGAGUCUUGAGGCUGCAAGGAUACUUAAUAACUUAACUGAUCAAAAAGCUAACGUGAGUGCAACAAUCACUCUGCACUGUGAUGCAGUUGGGAUGCCAAACCCAACGGUGGUGUGGAAAAAGAACAACCACACUGUGGUAGAAGGCUCAGGGGUGAUUCUGAGCCAGCACAACCACACUCUGACAAUUCAGCGUGUGAAGAAGGAGGACAGUGGUCAGUACACCUGCACUGCAUGCAAUCGACGUGGCUGUGACACAUCACAAGCCUUUUUGACAACAGAAGGUGCAGAGGAAAAGACUAAUGUGGAACUAAUUGUUCCAAUUGGAUCAGUGGUCAUUGCCAUGUUUUUCUGGUUACUGAUCGUCUUUGUCAUCCGUGGAAGAAAGAGGUCAAAUGGUGGUGAUCUGAAGGCAGGCUACCUGUCCAUGAUCCUGGACUCCGAAGACAUGCCCAUGGAUGAGCAGUGUGAAAGGCUCACGUAUGAUGCUAACAAAUGGGAGUUCCCACGGGACCGGCUGAAGCUAGGUGACCCAUUGGGACGAGGAGCGUUUGGUCAGGUGGUUGAAGCAGCCGCCUUUGGCAUCGAGAAAGCUACCACAUGCACCACUGUUGCAGUCAAGAUGCUUAAAGAGGGAGCCACAUCCAGCGAGUACCGCGCUUUGAUGUCAGAGCUGAAAAUCCUCAUUCAUAUUGGACAUCAUCUCAAUGUCGUCAACCUGCUGGGAGCCUGUACAAAGCCUGGAGGACCACUAAUGGUGAUUGUAGAGUAUUGUAAACAUGGAAAUCUCUCUAGCUACCUGAAGAGCAAGCGUGGAGAGUACAGUCCCUACAAGAGGAAGCGGGUGGCUAGCCAGAGGUGGGUGUCUUCAGAGGAACAUGUGACCGAAGGGGAUCUGGGCUUGGGGACGAUUGCACAGUUGGACAUCUGCACAGGAACUGCUGUCUGCUCCAGAGCUGGAGACAAGGCUUCAGGCAGCGACGUGGACACUCAGGAACUUGAGAGCUCAGACGAUGACCAUCUGACCAUGGUGGACCUGAUAAGCUACAGCUUCCAGGUGUCCAAAGGCAUGGAGUUUCUGUCCUCACGCAAGUGUAUCCACAGAGAUCUAGCAGCCAGGAACAUCCUGCUUUCAGAGAACAAUGUGGUGAAGAUCUGUGACUUUGGCCUCGCCAGGGACGUCUACAAAGACCCUGACUAUGUCCGCAAGGGAGAUGCACGUCUCCCUCUUAAAUGGAUGGCUCCUGAGACCAUCUUUGAUCGAGUGUACACCACACAAAGUGAUGUUUGGUCCUUUGGGGUCCUUCUCUGGGAGAUCUUUUCUCUGGGGGCUUCUCCAUAUCCAGGUGUUUGCAUUGACGAGUCUUUCUGCAGGAGACUUAAGGAGGGCACCAGGAUGAGACCCCCAGAAUACGCCCCCACUGAGAUAUACCAAACCAUGUUGGAUUGCUGGCUUGAUCGUCCCACAGACAGGCCAACAUUUGCAGAACUGGUUGAACAUCUGGGCAACCUGCUACAGGCCAGCGCUCAACAGGAUGGGAAGGACUACAUCCCUCUGACAGCAAGCAGCGAGGCAGAAGGAUCCUUAGUGAGCCCUGACUCCAGGAUCCCCUACAGCAUGCCCCAGAUAGGGGAGAUCAUGGAAGCUCAGCUCCACUAUGACAAACCGCCAUCUUUCGGAGCGUCCCAGAAGAGUGACAGGUGCAGUCGGCCCCUCAGUGUGAAGACAUUUGAGGACAUCCCUGUGGCGCACAGCAGUGUCAUGGAGGGUCACUUAGACAGCGGCAUGGGCUUCUCACCGGAGGAAGUAAAGGGUUUGAAUCGACAGCUGUCAACUACGCCCAACUUCAGCCAGCUGCUGCGCUGUAAGAGUAAAGAGUCUCUGGCCUCGGAGUCAUCCAAUCAGACGAGUGGAUACCAGUCAGGGUACCACUCCGACGACACAGACACUCCAGUCUAUGCUAACGAGGAGGUGAUCAUGAAGCACAACAUGCUGAAGAAGCCUCCGCUGCCCAAGACACCUGACAAAUUCAACAUGGAGAUCCGCUACAGCACGCCACCUGUCUGACCCUCACACUUCCCCACCAACUUAACCCUGAGUCUUUUCACUGUACAGUAUUUGUUUACCUUCCACAGGUUACACACUUAAGGAACAAUGACGACACCCUCAAUAGAGUAGCUCAGGGUGCUGCUGUGGCCUUAAGAUAUUUUCACAGGAGAUAACUUAAUAAGUCAGCUGGGAAAAAUGAAGGUUGUAUGAUAAGCUUGUAAGCGCAGCUCUCUUUGGACAGCCGGAGGAAUGCUAUCAUGUUUACACAGUGAGUAAAAGGUCUGGGGAGCCGAGACACAAAGACACGCCCACUUCCUGAGGUGCAAUCCACCCUCUUCCUCUAUUGCAGGAAACGGCAUCUGGAAUUUUUAGAUAAUUGAAUCAGCAAAUGGUUUCUUUCUUUUUCUUUUUCUCUUUUUUUGUUCAUUUUUAAAAUUUUGUUGGCACAAUGGUAAGGAAGCUGUUCUCCCAGAUCAAUCAGAGUUGUUUUUGUUUUUAGAGUCACAUUUGUACAGUUUCUUUAUGCAUGUAACUGACAGUAUUUUAUUGAAAUUGUAUUACUAAACCUGCAAUAAAUUUGAGUAGUUUUAUAAAAUAAAUAUACCCACAGAUUAA